AUGAGUGAUUAUGAAUCAGGAUCAGACAUAGAUAACUAUUAUGAAGCAGAUGAAUUUGACGAUUUUAUUGAAUACAGUGAUAAUGAAGUUGAACAAGAAAAAUCAAAACCAACCCCAGGCCAAAUAGAAGUUGAGGAAAUUGAAGAACCUGAAGAAGAUAGAAUAAGAACUUUGACUACAACUUUAAAACCAAAUGAGACACAAGCCCAGAAAUUAUUAAAAGCGCAUAUUUCUGUUUUAGUAUCAGCCCUUGGUGGUCCUGACCACACUUCAGAUAUUCAACCACCGCCUUAUAAAUUGGGCCAUGAUGCACUUGCGUGUCUUAAAGAUAUUAAACGCUGGAUAAGAGCUGUUGAUGAAAAGAAAAACAAUUAUGAGGUUGCCUUGGCAUGUGCUGAAAGUGGAUUAGUGACAAAUGAUUUAAUUGUGAUUAUGUGUCAAUGGGAAGAUAAAAUGCAAAAGAAAGAGAUCAUUAAAAACAAAACUACCACUGAGAAAACGAUGUUGGCGUGUCUUGAAUUGUUAGUACUAUUAACAUGGCCUGUUGAGUUUGGUAAAGAUUUAUCUGAGAGCCAAAAAUUACUUUAUUCCGAAAUUAAAAAAGUGCAUGUAUCUUAUAAGAAACAAAUAUUAAUGUUUAAUAAUGGACAACUAUUAAAAGCUGCUAUUAGAUUAGUUUUGCCAACUAUAGCAAAGUCGAGGAUAGACCGUGAGCCUAGGGACAACCAAAUUUUGAAACUAGUUUUGUACCUCAUAAGAAAUUUAUUAGCUAUUGAACCUGCAAACUUGUCGAUAUCUAACAAGUCACGUAAAGGUGCUAGUGUAACUGCAUCUGAUUUACCACUCGGUGUCACACAAGACGAUAUAUCGAUCAAUAACGUAUUGUCUGUAUUCAAGAAAAACAAGGUAUUGAUGUUGCUUUUAACCAUAUCAGGAUCGCUCGGAACUGAAUUUGAUAGAGACAUGUUUGGCGAAAUAUGUUUGGAAAGCAUUUAUCUAAUAAUAAAGGGGUUAUCAGCAUCUGAAGUUUUGGUGAAAAAGAAUUUGGGAUCUACACCUGUUGCUGCGCCUUCUCAAAAUACGGUUCCUGAUGCCAUCAAUGCCUCACAGCCAUUGCAACCAGUGACGACUACUGUUGGAAUGCAAUUGCAAGAUUUGUUGGCCACCGAGUCCAAGAAAAAGAAAAUUCAAACACAAAAUAUAGCUUCUAGACAUGGUCGAUUUGGAUCCUUACUUUCUAUCCGAUCAGCCGACUCGAAUUCUUUUGUCGUAUCAGGACAAGAAGCAUUAAUCAACACUGAUAGUUCUUUAGCUAAAUUGGACAAGUCUAAGAAAUGGAAAGAUAGAACCUAUUUCAAGUAUGAUUCCGAUGAAUACGUCAAUACUUCCACUCCUGUUUAUCUUAAUUUAACUGGACAAGACAUUUUGUACAAUUUUGUGGAACAAUUUUUAUCAGGGGGGUGUUUCAAUAAUUUGAUUGAGUGUAUGGGAUCAAGAUUAACCAGUCAAACUGAUUUGAAUAUGGUAGAUGAGCUUACACUUGCUAGUUAUUUUUUCACUAUUUCAUGGUUUUUAAGUUACCAAAGAGAAAGAAUUGGGUUGGACUCAGAAAACAAGGAGUUGAAUUAUGGAUCAGUGGGUGCUGCAUUGAGUGAAGUCAAUUUUAUUUUGAUCAUUGGAUAUUUCAGAGAUUCGUUUUCUGUGAAAAAAUGGAAUUCUUUGCAUGUGGCAAUGAUAUGUUUCAAGGAGUUGUUACAAAUUUCCAAUUCAGUGUUUGGUAAGGAAAUCACUAACCAGACAGGCGAAGGCGAUGAAAUCUCACAGCAUGAAAUUGAUCGAGAGUUGGCAGAAGGUAUUAUUAGAAAGCUAUUUUCAUUUAAUGAUUUUUUGAGUAUUAUUGUUCAAAUACCUCAGACUGCGGCCAAACAUUCUCCAGAUUAUCUUAGAGUCUCGGUUUCUGUUGUUCAUAUUUUAUUAAAGGCUUUUGAAACUUUUGCCAAUGAAGAUGUUCAUUUGUAUAUUCAAUCAAAACGUAAACAAAGUAAGAGAAACCGUAAGCGGGUGAACAAUUUGGAUAAGUCUACUGAAGAUAGGUUAAGAGAUGUGAUCUAUGCAUCAGAUGAAGAAUUAGACCAAUCGAGUGCCAAAGAAAUAACUCAAGAACGUAAAUUAGAUUUCAAGAAAACAGAAGCAAGGUUUUUCCAUCAAGCGAUUGUAUCUACAUAUAUCAACUACUUAUCAAGAUAUGAAGAUUUAUCAAACCAAGAAAUCAAAACGUGUCUUUCAUAUUUUCAUCGAUUAUUUGUGGUAAGAAAAGAUUUCACUGGGUUGUAUAGAUUGGAUUUCAUGCAAUUGUUACAAAAGUUGAGAAAUUAUUUGCAACGAGGAAGUAGUCUACGUUUACAAGUUGAAGAAUUUAUUUAUUAUUUUAUGAAAAAAUUCAAGACUGCAUUUGAAAGAUUCCCCAUGCCCAUUGAAGUAUUAUUUCCUCGAUUUGAAGAUAACGAGUGUAAGGUUUAUCUAGCUACAGGAGAAGUAUAUGAGAAGGAAGAAACGACAUCAACAUCACGUUCUCCAAGAUUAGCUAAAGAUUUGGAAUUUGUACGUGAUUUUGGUUUAGAUGAUCAAAUUAAAAUCUUGGUGAGUCAGUUGCAUGUUCAAGAGAAGCAAUCGUUACUCAAAUGGUUGAUACAGGAAUUGGAGAGAAUAAUAAAUGAUAGGAUUUUAAAUUCAGAUUCCAUUGCAGAAUUGAAUGCAUCUAAUCAGCAACGUCGUUUAUUCAUUAACAAUGGGUAUUUGCGUUUCUUGUUACGUAUAAUUGGAUUUGAUUUGCCUUAUACUAUGGAAGAAGUGCCAGAGUUGGCAACUACCGUUGAUAUGGAACAUUUGACAAAAGUUACCGAAUUGAUUAAAAAAUGGGACUCUUCUCAACCUGUGAUAUUUGAAGAUGAUAAGGUGCCUUCUUAUUUUGUACGUACAAGAGAAGCAGGUUAUGAUGAGGACCAGUAUAACGAAAAUGAUCAAGAGUAUGAUUUUAAUGAUGAUUCUAUUGCAUUUGAAACCGAGGCUAAUCCAAACUCUAACCGAAAUCAUGUUUCUGAAUUGGAUCACUUGGAGGAAUUAGAAAGACAAUUACUGAGUAAUGGUUCUAGAGUUAAUUCAAAAGAACGUAAUGGUACGAAAGGGAAAGCAAGAAAGAAAUCUAAAGAAAAGAAACGCCCUGAACCUAAGAAAGUACGUGGUCUUAAACGUAGAAGAAUACCUAAAGAUCUUUUGGAUGAUGAUGAUUCACAACAUGUCGUCAAAUCUGCCGAGUUUGUCCAUGAUUCGGAUGAUGAAUCUGAUGAUGAAAAAGAUAAAGCCUUUUUUGAAAGAGAAGAAAAAAUGAGGAAUUUAUUGAAUGACAUGGGUGGUAUUGCUACUUCGGAACAAUUGAAGGAAAUUCAAAAAGUUUGGAAGAAUUUGGAAACUGGAGGAAACAAUAAAGUUGCUUCUACUGUGGCAAAAGCUGUGAAAGAAGUCGGGUUAUUUGUUGAAGAAAGUGACAACGAUGAUGAGGUGGAAGAGGAAAGUAGAAACUCUGCUCCAGUAAAUGAAGAAGCUGAUCGUACAAUUUUUGAAUCAGGUGAAGUUGAUACCCAACAAGAUUUAUCAGAUAACACUUCAAAUACUUCUGAUAUGGAAUCAGAAACUGAAACUACGAAAAGAUCAUUUGUUGAAGACCCAGAAGAAAUACUGCAUGUCCAACCCAAGAGAAAACGAUUAGUCAUCAGUGAUGACGAAGAAGAAUAG